AUGAUAGGGAGAUUACCGCAGUGGUCAUGGAGCAACUUGCGUGAGCUACAUUUGCAGGGUGCAAAUUUGACUGGGCAGUUACCAGCAUGGCUAGGAAAUCUAACUAGUCUCAGCUACCUUGACCUAUCAUCGAACAUGGUGGUUGGUUCUAUACCAUCUGGGAUAGGAAACAUGAGGAGUCUAAGUUACCUUGACCUCUCAACGAACAUGGUGGUUGGUUCUAUACCAUCUGGGAUAGGAAACAUGACGAGUCUAAGUUACCUUGACCUCUCUCAUAACAUGUUGGAUGCUUCUAUACCAUCUGGGAUAGGAAACAUGAGGAGUUUGAGUCACCUUGACCUCUCUUGCAACAUGCUGCAUGGUGAUGUACCUAGUGGGAUUGGAGCACUUCGUAAUUUAACCGACUUGAUCCUUUUCAGCAAUAACUUCAGCGGUGUGCUUUCAAAAGAACAUUUUGCUAGUCUCGUGAACCUUGAGUAUCUGGACAUUGAAAAAACCUCCUUGAAAUUGGAUUUUGGUGAAGAUUGGGUUCCUCCGUUUGGAUUAACAUAUGCAUAUUUUGGGUCAUGUGACAUUGGGCCUCAGUUUCCUUCCUGGUUGAAAUGGCAAGCGGGCAUACGUGAGCUUGAUAUCUCAAACACAAAGAUAAAUGAUGUUUUGCCACACUGGUUCUGGGUUGCCUUUCCUAACGCUUCCAGAUUGAACUUGUCAGGAAAUAAACUCAGUGGUACUUUACCACCAAAGUGGAAGCUGCCGCCCCUAGACAUGCUGGAUCUCUCUGGAAAUUCUUUAUCGGGGAAGCUACCAGCUAAUCUCAGAGCUCCCUACGUAUUUAGAAUGGAUCUAAGCAACAAUCAUUUCACAGGCACCAUCCCAGCACCAUACGUGUGUAAUGUUCUCUGGGAAAUAAACCUAUCGAACAAUCAACUAACAGGGGGUUUUCCACAUUGUCAAAAUAACAAGUCUUCAAUUUCUUUAUCUAUACUAGACCUGAGCAAUAACAAUUUGUCUGGUGAAUUUCCUCACGUCCUUCAAUAUGCUACAAGUUUAAGCUUUCUUGACCUUUCGUAUAAUAGGUUCUCUGGAAGUGUGCCAAUAUGGAUAGCAGAGAAAAUGCCCAGCUUAGUGGUGCUGAUCCUAAGGUCGAAUAUGUUUCAUGGUCACCUUCCUAGGCAGUUAUCAAGGAUUGUUGGACUUCAUUACCUGGACGUAGCACACAACAACAUAUCAGGAACUAUACCUUCGUCCCUAGCAAGGUUGAGAGCCAUGGCAGAUCCGCGUGAAACAGAUUAUGACGAUUACACUAUGAUGUAUUCCUUCAGCAAACCAACUUUCAUAAAAGAUCGAGUGCUUAACUAUACCAAUGAAUUCACAAAACAUACUGUGUUGAUAGAUUUAUCAAGUAAUGGUUUCAUUGGACAGAUUCCGAAGGAACUAAGUUUACUCAAGGCACUUCGGAGUUUGAAUCUAUCUAACAACCAGUUAAGUGGACCGAUUCCAGAUGAUAUUGGUUCUUUAAGGAGACUAGAAUCCCUCGACCUAUCUUACAAUUAUUUCAGUGGCAAAAUUCCAUCAAGCUUAUCAGAUCUAACAUUCUUGAGCUGCCUCAACUUGUCGUACAACAAUUUAUCAGGAACAAUCCCCUCGGGACAACAGCUGCAAACACUCAACUAUCAGUAUAUGUACAUUGGCAAUCCCGGACUUUGUGGGCCUCCUCUUCUGAAGAAUUGCUCGAUGAAUGUAACGAAUCCAACUGUUAGUCAACAGCAUGAAGGUGGCAGAUCAUCUUUUUACAUCAGCAUGAGCAUGGGUUUUAUAAUGGGUCUUUGGAUUGUAUUUUGUGCCAUGUUGUUCUUGAAAACAUGGAGGAUUGCUUACUUUCAGCUUUUGGACCGUUUAUAUGACAAGCUUUAUGUGCAACUUGCUAUCAACAAGGCUGCCAUUCUGAGGAAAUUUGGAAGCAAAGAGAUUUGA